GGUGGAUUGUGAGAGUGAGAGAUCGAGCAGAAGAGAGUGUGAAGCUGCAGCAGCCGGGAGAUAAAAGCUUUUUCUCUCCCUCUGCCGGCGUCUGUGAGCGAGGGAUAAAGCAGAGGAGCGAAGCCAGCCGAGGCAGAGACGAAUCCAGGCUGCCUGCUGUCACUGGAGCUCCCGGCUUCCACCGGACCAGCAGGCCUCAAGCCACAAAACGCACGGCAGGACAAGACACACUCAUGGACACGUACACAGCCGGGCUCACGCAGCUGACCAGGGGACCGCCCAACCUCGCAGCCACAAACACACACUCGCCCUCCCUCCAGGACACUUACUGUUUCUCUGGCCUCCACCGUAUCAAUCGGAUCAAUCCAGCCAUGCUUGUCUGACGGAGCCACGGUUUCCUUUAGCCGGAGACGCCCUGUGUUCCUGUGUUUUUGCUCCCUGCAUGUUUGUUAAGGGGACAUGGCGUGCGGACCCUCUUGUCCUAACCUCUGCUGCUGCUGUGCUGCGUGGAGUUCAGGACUGCCCUUCACUGGACACUGAUUCCCUUUGGCUCUGUUCCAGAUACAAAUCUCUACCUGAAGUAGGUCUGCCACUUUAAACUGGAUCUUGACAAGACCUUAGCUAAGCAGACGGAGGACCGGUCUCUUCCUCCCUUCCUCCUUUUUCUGCCUCAGAGUCCAGCCCCGGCUCCUACCCCGGAUCCCUCUUCCUAAUUAGAUCCAGUGGACGUGAGGAGUUAUUAAGAGACGAGAAACGAGUCGCCUUUUCCCCCAGCCUGACAGAUUUUUUUUUGUCUCGGAGUAAGACACGGUCUAAAUACCCCCCCCCACCACCUCCUGCAAACUGUGGAUUUUGUUCGGCUGUUGCAUCGUCGCAGUGCACCACCUGAUGAAGGGGAAGCUCGCUUGAGUAACUGGCAGACUGACAGCAGGACGCUGGAGGUUUAUCAUUGGACAGCACUGGAACACCCCAGCCAGAAUUCCCAGCCAACUGUAGUUCUCGGGGAGUCUAACAUCGAGGUGGGGGGAAUCUUGAGACUGGUAUCCAGGGGAGAGGCAUGUGAUGCUAAGCUGUCUGGGGAGCUUAAGGUGGAGUCUGUCUCCGUUUGGCUGCCUCCAGAUUUCGACCCGGCACCCUGCUACGGCUGCAUUUUUUCCGGUUUUCUGGACUACGCUGAGUUGAUUCCACAGGUAUCCAGCUAGCCCUAGAUGAUCACUGUAAAGACUGUGAACUGUCUUGCCAAUCUCGUCAAUGGGAGAAAGUAACGCCAGUGAUUUUGUAUUCCGACAAAUUGGCAACAACAGUCCCUUAAGAGGAGGAAGGCACACAAGCUGGAAGGAUCGACAGCAGCUCAACGAGCAGGAUAAAUCGUGGGAGGAUGACGAGCAGAAGCAUCAGGGCGGGAAGCCGAUGCUCUGAUUGAGUAUUUAACAAACUGCCAGAGUAUUGGCUGAAUCUCCCAGCAAUCUGCGGCAGCAUUGGCUGACUGCACACUUAUCUCUCACCCACAACCAAUCUGGACACCGUGCUGCCUCGGCAGAAUGAGACACCGUGAUCGCCGUUACUACGAGGGGGAUAUCGACAGCUUCACCAUUAAUACUACUUCCACUACGAGCACCGUGACGGAUUGGAUUCCCACUGAUCUCUGUUGCGGGGCUGACUUGCCUCUCGGAUCUUACUUCUCUCCUCUCGCACUGCAAUAACAUUACCCCAGUCGGAGAGAGAGGCAUCAUUAAUUCAUGAGCUCAGAUAGCUGCUAGAUCUCAGUGUAGAUAGAGCUCUUGGAUUACUCUGGCACCUGGAACCGACAACAAAUCUUUACAUCACAUUGUUUGUGGUUUAUCGAGGAUGGACAGAGGAAUUUGAAUGGAAUUGCAGCAGAUGGUGAUGUUGUUUUUCCUCAUAUUUGAAGGAAUAAUGACAUUGAAUUAAGAAGUGAGAUAAGACUGCCACUGAUUCCAACACUCCCAGAAACCCUGCAGUACCUGAACACACUGAGACGUUCACACUUCGUUCUCAUGACAGACACAGGCAGCGUGUGAAGCAGUUGGAGCUUCACUAAUGGUCUGAAUAGCUCCAGACUGCACUACAUUUCUCUCUCUCCCACACUCAUCAUCCCGCCUGACACUUUGCCCUACACCAGGUAACAGCUCACCUGCCAAAAUCCCGGUGGUUAAUCAGAAGCCUGACCCGAGCCCAGUUUAUUUUCCUCCCUUGUGUGGCUCUGCUAGCAUAACUGUGUCCUUGUGUCCUUGACUGCGACCACAAGUCUUCUAGGAUAAACAGCCCAAGUAAUGUAGCAAGCUGCCUGUCCAUAUACAUACUGUUACACAGCAGGGCCCUUAGAGAGACAGCAGGCCUGGCCAGUGCACCCGCUGAAUCCACGUCAGGUGAGGUGAAGGAAAGAGGAAGGACAGGUGGGAGCUGUGACACGUCGGCCUGCAGCUGCCUGCCUCGCGACUAGACCAAAAACUGCCUGAGGAAAAGAGCGACUUUCCCUCUCUCUCCUUCAGAUACAAUCCCUCUUCUCUGGGUUUUAUUUAAGAUGAGACCAUGGGAAAAUAGAGCUAAGCGUGCUCUUCCUAACUUAACAAUACUCCCAGGUGUCAGAUUAACAAAGGAGAUGUCAGUCACUUGCCAGCCUAUCUGAAUCAUUUCCCCCUCUAUACUGUGGGAUGGGAUUUUGCUCUUAAACACCUGGAAUACAUGUCCAAACCCAAAUGAACAUGAAUUCUCCCUCUCUGAUGGAUUAACUGCCUGAAUUUGCUGCGGUUUCCUUUUUUCUACUCCGUUCUCCUUCACCAUCAGAGACAUGGGGAACUCCAUGGGUUGCGUCAGGCCUCCUCGGGAGGGGGAACUCAGCGGAGUUGCCCCACUUUCACCAAAGAAGCGUCUACGUUUCAGACGUAAGCACAAGGGCAAGAAGAACAGGAAAGCAGAGUCGGAACAGGAUGACUUUGAGCGACGAAGAAGCCACGAGCCUGAUGACAGAGAGGAAGAGGAUGAGGACGAUGAGGAGAAGGCCGCAGUUCUAGAAACAGCAGAUUUUAGCAGCAGAGCUAGGACUCUUGUAACAGGGCCUGACAUCCAGUUAACUCAUUCCAAAACUAACGUGCACAGCAAUACCCUUUCCCCCGGCUCUGUGAGUGCCAGUGUAGGGGGACGUUUGGGCCACCGAAUACUCGAAGUGUCCCCCAAGCCCAGCCCAGCCUGGAGAGGGGUUUUCUGCCUCCCAGGAGAGGAAGACACGGUGAGCGCCAUCGUAGAUGUCUCCAGCAUCCACAGCCAGACCACAAACACCACCCCAGUCAAUACGGCCCCAGCACUGGGCAGCACCACUCCAGGUGGAGGGAGGGUCUGUCGCGUAAAGGAGAAAGUCCAAGGGGUCCUAGAGAAACCUUGGAUUCUCCGACAAAAGAAGGAGAAAAAAGACAAGGGGAGGGUAGAGAGAGAAGAAAAGGGGGGUGGGGGCGUUAAAGGAGGACCAGAAGAGACUAUAACAGUGGUGCGGACACCUUCGGGGAGGGAGCACAAGGGUGUGGUCCACAUCCGCGAGGUGGAUGGUAAACUCUGCGUGGUGAGGACGGUGUACCCCAGUGAUUUUGGCUCUCCGGUGUGGAGGGGCGAAAGCGAUAGCAAGGUAGAAGUGCGCAAAGAGCCCCUUGCCCCGUCUCCAGUCACGGGAAAUAUUCUCAAAGUCCAACUGUCCGAGGAUGAUAAAAGUAGAGACAAAAUGUCUGCGGGGGAUUCCCCCAUGUCCUCUAACCAAAUGUGGUUUCACGAAACUAUGGCUGUCAAGGGGUUCAGCUUGGACACUCCAGUUCGUGCACAGGAGCAAUAUUCUCUGUUAGAGUCGGGCUAUGCCAGCGACCUGCCGCUGACCUCUCCAGAGACGGCGGGCACCACUCCCAGUCAGACCGACUGGGGAGGGCUGACCAGUAGCUCAUCAGAGAGACUGGACUCCACAAUGGAGAGUCCUCUGUCACUGCAGCAGGCGACUGUUAAAUUCCUGCCACAGAUCUCAGAGAUCUACGUGAGCGGCGAGUCAGGCGACCUCACAGCCAAAGAGAAGCUGUUAUUAUGGAGCCAGCAGGCGAUAGAAGGCUACCCCGGCCUCCGCUGUGUCAACUUCACCUCAUCCUGGAGCGACGGACGCAUGUUCAACGCUCUGCUGCACAGAUACAGGCCAGACCUGAUCGACAUGGAGGUGUUGUCGCGGCAGAGUAACCGGGAGAACCUCGAGCAGGCCUUCGAGAUCGCCGAGUCGCUAGGGGUGACCAGUCUGCUGGACGCUGAGGACGUUGAUGUUCCAUCACCAGAUGAGAAGUCGGUCAUCACCUACGUCUCCUCCAUCUAUGAUGCCUUCCCCAAAAUCCCCGAGGGAGGAGAGGGCAUCGCCGCACUGGAGGUGGAGCAGCGCUGGUCGGAGUACCAGUCCAGGUUCUCCUCUCUGCUCCAGUGGAGCCGCCAGCAUACGGCCCUCAUAGCCAACAAGAACUUCCCUCAAAACCCUGUGGAACUCAAGGCACUUUACAACGAGUACGUCCAUUUUAAAGAGACGGAGAUCCCCGCGAAGGAGGUCGAGAAAGGUCACAUCGAACACCUCUACAAACUGCUGGAGGUUUGGAUAGAGUUCGGCCGUAUUAAGCUUCCUCAGGGCCUCCAUCCCAAUGACCUGGAGGAGGAGUGGGGCAAACUCAUCCUGGAGAUGCUGGAGAGAGAAAAGGCUCUACGGCCGGCUGUGGAGAGGCUAGAGCUGCUGCUUCAGAGGGCUAAUAAGAUCCAGAACAUGGCUCUGGACUGUGAGGAGAAACUCACCCUCGCUAAAAACACACUCCAGGCUGACAUGUCUCGAGUUGAGUGCGGCGAGGCGGUGCAGUGUGAGAGAGAGCUGGCCUGCUACCUGCAGGACUGCGAGUCUCUGAUCAGACAACUCAACCAGGAGCUUAAAGUCCUCCGAGAUGAGAAGUACUACCAGGUGGAGCAGCUGGUGUUCAGAGUGUCUUGCCUUCAAGAGGAGCUGGUCUCCCUCCGCCUGCAGUGCUCCAGCGUCUACAGGAAAGGCCACUUCUCCCAGAACCUGGGCACCACCGGGCCAGAGCACCCCAGCCUCAGAGCCACAGACAGCAGCCUGACGCCGGGGCAGACACUGCUGGGAGCCGUGGGGGCAGUGGGCGCAGUCGGCGCCGUGCUCCUACGGCGACCCACGGCUCGCUCCCAGCUGGUGGCCAUGUCGUCAUCAGAGGACGAAGGGAGCCUGAGGUUCAUCUACGAGCUGCUCGGCUGGGUGGAGGAGACGCAGGAGCUUAUGGAGCGCGCUGAAUGGGGCGCAGACCUCCCCUCUGUAGAAAACAACCUCCAAGAGCACAACACCAUACACACUGCAGUGGAAGAGCUAAUGAGUAGCCUGCAGGAGGCCCGCAGCUAUGAGGCUAGAGUAUCUCCAAACUACAAGAGCAGUUACUCUGAAACCCUGGCCAAGCUGGAGCACCAAUACUGCAAACUACUGGAACAUUCGUCAUGGCGCCUGCGGAGCUUGGAGAGCCUGCACGCAUUUGUGUUGCACUGCACCGAGGAGCUGAUCUGGCUCAACGAGAGGGAGGAAGAGGAGAUCGCCUACGACUGGAGCGACAACAACGCCGGCAUGAAUGCCAAGAGAGAAUUAUACAGCGAAACGAGGUUAGAGCUGGAUGAAAAACAAGAUGUGAUGCGGUCGCUCCAGGAAACAGCAACCCGCCUGUGUCUGGAGAACCAUCCAGCCAAACAGACUGUGGAGGCUUACAGCGCAGCCCUGCAGACUCAGUGGCAGUGGGUGAACCAGCUCUGUGUGUGUGUGGAGCAGCAUCUCAAAGAUAACACGGCAUACUUCCAGUUUAUGAGCGACGCUCGGGACUGUGAGUCGUACCUGCGCCAGCUCCAGGAAACCAUCAAGAGACAGUACACCUGUGACAAGAACAGCAGAUUGAGCAAACUGGAAGACCUCCUGCAGGACUCAAUGGAGGAGAAGGAGCAGCUGAUCGAGUACCGGAGUACGGUGGCGAGCCUGGUGGGCCGGGCCAAGACGGUGGUGCAGCUUCGCCCCCGCAACGCAGAGAGCACCCUGGGAGCAACAACACCCAUCAAAGCCAUCUGCGACUACAGACAGAUAGAGACAAACGUUCAGAUCACAAUAACCCGAGGCGAGGAGUGUGUGCUGGAGGACAACUCCCAGAGGACCAAGUGGAAGGUUAUCAGUACGACGGGGAACGAGGCCAUGGUCCCCUCGGUGUGUUUCACCGUCCCACCUCCGAACCAGGAGGCCAUGGACACAGCCGGCAGGGCGGAGCAGCUUUAUCAGAAGGUCAUGUCUCUGUGGCAUCAGCUGCAUGUGAACAUGAAGAGUGUGGUGUCCUGGCACUACCUGCUCAAAGACAUCAGGACUGUCUCCGGAUGGGACCUUGAAGCGGUCCGUUGUCAGUCCCCGGCAGAGCGGCAGCAGGUCCUGGAUCACCUGGAGUCCCAGUUGGCCGACUUCCUGUCCGACAGCAAAGAAAGCUCGGUGUUCAUGCCGAGCGAAAGACGAGAACUGGAGAAGGACGUUCAGCAGGCCCAGCAGCACUGCCAGGAUCUGCUGCUCAACAUGGAGGCCGUGGAGAAGGACGAGUCGGUCUCUCGUUCGUACCUGUCGGAGCUGCACAACAUCACCGUCCGUCUAAAUGAGGCCGAGCAGAGACUGACGAGGGGGAUUCAGACUCCGCCCCCCGGCCUGCUGUCAGGGGACAGUGCUGACAACACUGUCCAGAUAGCAGAGCAGGAGAAGCUGCAGUCGGAGCUGGACGCUCUGCGCUCCAGUUUGGGAGACGUGUCUCGUCGCUGCGUCGGUUUCUUCGAGGAGAAGCCGACAUCCUCCAGCGUUCCCGUCCUCCGGGCUGAACUCAAUCGGGCUGUGGAGAAGACAGACAAACUGCACAACCUCUCGUCCGUCUACCUAGAAAAGUUAAAAACAGUAGACGUCCUGAUGCGUAGCCUGGAUGAAGCGGAGAGCCAGGUCAGGAAGAACGAGAGCAGACUCAGUGAAGAGGACAUUGUUCCCGCCAACACGACGGCCAUUCAAAACCUGCAAGAUCAGCUAGGGAGGUGGCAGGCCGAGCUCGUCGAGCAGGAGGGCAUCUUCCAGUCUCUGCGGUCCGAGGUAGCUCGGGCCAAAGAGGCGGGGUCUCAGCUCAGCAAGCUCCACGCAGACCGCAGCCCCGAGCUGGAGCGCUACCAGGAGAGAGCCAAUCAGAUGGCAGAGAGGUGGAGCGGAGUCAAGAGACAGAUGGAGACACGACGAAACGAUCUAGAAGCUGUGGGCUCGGACCUGCAGCAGUACAGAGACGGUCACUCCGCUCUGAUCAGCUGGAUCGAAGAAACGACCGAGAGACAAGAAAACGCACAACCUGGACAGACGGACAGCAAAGCACUGUCCGAACAACUGGCCCAGCAGACGGCAUUAGUAGCUGAGAUUGAACAGAAUCAGGCCAAACUAGACGAGUGCCAGACUCACUCCAAACAGUACUGCACCUCAGUGAAGGAUUACGAACUGCAGCUGAUGACCUACAGAGCCUUCGUAGAAUCUACGCACAAGUCACCUGUCAAGAGGAGGAGGAUGCACUCUUCCUCUGACGCCAUCACUCAGGAGUUCAUGGACCUACGCACACGCUACACAGCCUUGGUCACCCUGACAACCCAACAUGUGAAGUACAUCAGCGAUGCACUGAGAAGACUAGAAGAAGAAGAGAAAGAGGUGGAGGAGGAGAAGCAGGCCAGGGUGGGGCAGGUGUCCGACCUGCUGGGCUGGGUCAAAGGCCUCCAGGGACGGACCGGAGGCCCCAACGCCGAGUCUUCACUUGCUGCUCAGCAGGCCAUCAGUGAACAGCUGGCAGCCAAGAAAGAUGAAGUGGCUGAAGCCAUCAGGAGCACUCAGGCCUUCCUACUAUCAAAACAGGCCAGCAAGUUGUCCCCAGAGGAGCGUGCUCACGUAGAGGCUCAGCUGGACGAGCUGACGGCCACCUACAACCGUCUGUGUGACAGCUCCACCCAGCAGCUGCAGCAGCUGGAGCAGCAACUGGCCAAAGAGGAAGAAAGAAAGAACCAAAUUGCCAUUGCUGGAGUGAUUGACCUGGGAACAGUGGAAACAUUCCCAGUGUUCCGAGCAGCCCAAUGUGGUCUUAUUGACCAGGACACCUGCCGUGUACUACUGCAGGCACAGCUCAUAAUGGGUGGGCUCCUCCAGCCUGCCUCCCCUCUCAGUCUUUCACUGGAACAAGGUCUAGCUCAAGGACUAAUUGACACCCAUACCAGACAGUCUCUUUCUGAGCUAGAGAGUGCCUUGCUUUUGGUGGAAAAUACUAAGUCUACAGAUGACCAACAACAAAAUGUGUUGCCAGUAGCUACAGCCAUGGAGUUCGGGCUCAUCAGAGAGGAGGUGGGACUUCGCAUUUUGGAGCUCCAGAUGAACAGUGGAGGCCUGAGAAACUCAGUGGGAAAAAUGAUGAGUCUGGAGCAAGCAGAAGACAUGAGACGCUUGACUCCCAGAACCCUCACAAAACUCCAGUCAAGGCAACAACAUAGAGAGCUGAUCGAUCCAAACACAGCUGAAAAAUUAAACCUAUAUGAGCUACAACAGCGUUGUGUCCUCGACGAUGACUCCGGUCUCCUUCUCCUCCCUAUCAAACAGCAGCCUGGAGGAACUGUCUGCCUCCGGUCUGGAAGAAAAGUUGGCAUAUUCCGUGCAGUCCAGGAAGGUCUGAUUGAUCGUAAAGUUACUGAACGACUUCUUGAAGCUCAGCUCUUUGCCGGUGGUAUUGCUGACCCACGGUCUGGCCACCGGUUGACAGUUGAUGAGGCUGUUCGUCAUGGGCUUAUGGACCAGGAUCUAGCCAGUGCUGUGUUAGCACGACAGCUGCAAAAUGGGGGAAUUCUAGACCCUUUCAGUGGAGAACGCCUGGAUUUGGAAGAGAGCAUUCGCAGGGAUCUUCUCUCUCCUCGUUUGGCUCUGUUGGUCCUUGAGUCUCUUUGGACUUUCAUGGGAAUACUCUGGCCUGAAUCCGGAGAACUUCUGCCCAUUGUUGAGGCUCUUCAACAAGGAGUGAUCUCAGGAGAGCUGUCAAGGAACAUCCUAAGGCAGCGACAUGCCAUUGGGGGUCUGUACAACCCAGAAACCCUCCAGGUGCUUCCCCUAAACCAGGCUGCUGAAGAAGUCCUUGAGCCCAGUGUUGUCCGUUUUCUCAAAGACACCCACAUCCCAGAUGUUCUUUCCAGCGUGAACCAGUCAGGUACCCCAUCUCUAAACCGCUUGAGCUGGGGUUCCACCAGCUCCUCUCCACCUCCAUCCUCUCCAUUGCCAUCAUCAUCUCUGGCAGGCCUUGUCUGGAAUGACACACCAACACAUGGAAUGGAUCCUGAAGAGCAAGCAAAAUGCAAGCUGCUGCAUCACCUCAUGACUCACAGCUAUGUGGAUGCUCAUUCUGGAAAACGAUUGGUGCUACUAGACCCUGAGUUGGUGGAGUUGGUUAAAGCUACUGAACUGGUUGCCGGAGACUCUGUUUAUGGAAGUCGGGUUGAGCCACAAAGCAGUUUGACCACAGAUGAGCAGGGGAAGCUGCAAAUGGUGAGAGAGUUUAGUUCGGCUGAUGUAGGAGUGAGUGACAAUCAAACUGAGGGUAAGGAAGAAAUCUCUGAUGUAGUCACACCAAGCAAGGAAGUUGAGACUAAUGGUACAGGUAGUCUAGAAGAAAGGUAUGGUGGAGAAAAUGACAACAAAUUGCCGCACAAACCUUCAGUAACUACAGAGAAUGCAGCGAAAAAUGAAAUUGAUGUGGAAAAAGAUGCAAAAGUAAAAGCUCAAAAGAAAGAAAUAUUCGAUCAUGGAAGUUUAAUGGCUUCAGCGAAAAAUCUUGAAGGCCCAAAUGAGCUGGUAGCAACUGAAUCCAAACCCAGGGAUAGUGGUGACCAGCAGGAGACUAAAAGUACAACCAUCACAGUAGAUAGAAAAACAGCUACGGUACCACUGAAAAUGUUGAAAGAACCCAUCCCACUAGGAGCAAAAACAAAUGAAGAUGUUAAAUCAACAAAAUCUGAUGAUAGGAAAGAUAUAAAGCAUUCCCAGACUGAAUCAGUAAAGACCAAACAAAAGGUGCCUAUAACUGAGACUGACUCAAAGCAUACUAAACCUCAGAAUGAGAUCCUUGAAUCAGCGGUGGAGAAGCAAGGGGAGGAUGCUGAAUUGGCGAAGUUAGUGCUAGAGCUCAAACAGGGAGGUGUGAUGACAGAGGAAGGGGAAAAGCUGCUCCCAGAUGAGGCAGUAGCUCAGGGUGUCCUUCCCGCCCACACAGCAGUUAAAUUAAUGGCUCAGACAGGUCUGUUUGGGGGUUUCCUAGAUGCCAGCAGCGGUGAGUCACUUAGUAUGGAGGAUGUUAUGCAGGAGGGUUUACUAAAUGAAGAUCUAAUGUGGAGUGUCCUGAAGUCAGAUAAAACCCUUGCAGGAAUUGUGGAUGUAGAGAAAAGGCAGAUCUGCGGGGUAAGGGAGGCAGCUCAGGCAGGGCUGAUCGACCCCAACACCGCUGCUCGACUUUUAGAAGCCCAGGUGGCGUCCGGGGGGAUUGUUGACCUACGCAGGGAUAAGAAGGUCUCUGUUACUUUAGCAGCAAACCUGGGACUGAUUGAGGAGGAUCAAAGAGAAGAACUGGUGGCACUAGAGAAGGCAUGCAAAGGAAAGGAUACCGAUUCAGCAACAGCCCUCACUAAAGCUAGUUUACAGCUACAGAUGGAAGGUGUUAUUGACCCAGAGUCCAAGUCUCCAGUUCCUCUGGAGCAAGCGAUUCAGAAAGGGUUAAUUAGAUCUGAGGAGGCUUAUCAGGUGUUGGCAAGACAGGUGGCUGAGGGUGGUAUAAUACAUCAUGAUUCAGGGAUGAGGCUGUCUGUUCCUGAUGCUGUAGAUAGAGGACUAGUGGAUCGGUCCAUUGCUCCUGGGCUGGAAGAACUAGAGUGGGUCUACCAAGGAAAAGUCAGCCCUUCAUCUCACCCAGAAGCUGUCGUUUUCCAAGCAUCGACAGGAGCCAUUUUAGACCCUGACUCUGGAUGUAAACUGACUUUGACAGAGGCAGUUUCUAGGGGUCUUCUGGAUGAGAAUAUUGCCAGUGAAGUCAUGGCCUCUUCUACUGUAACACGAGGUACCCUUGACCCUGAAACUGCACGCAUUGUGCCUUAUUCUGAGCUUGUAAAUCAGGGUAAGAUAGAUAUUGAAACAGGCAAACGCUUCUUGGAGGUGAAACCAUUCAGAGGUGUUCGGGAUGAGCAAACAAGAGACAACUUGACCCUUCCUGAGGCAGUCGCGUCAAAGAAAGUUGACCCAGUUCCAGCAUUGAGGCUGCUUCAAAGCCAGGCAGACAGUGGAGGGAUCAUUGAUAUCAGCACUGGAGAAAGGCUCCCCCUACCUGAAGCCUGUGAAAGAGGUUUAGUUGAAGACGGUAUGGUCAAAGUAAUAGCCACCAACCAGUUUUUGAAAGGAGGCUUAGUUGAUCCUGCCACUGGACAACGAGUCUCUAGUCUCGACGAUGCAAUUGCAAAAGAACUGAUCCCCAGUGACGUGGCUUCAGAGAUUCAAGAGAAAUUGGCUUCUGUGGAGAUGGAGGGCGAUGAAGGUAGCGCCACACCUGUUGCCUCAUCAAAUUGUACAUACAGCCCUGCUGUUAUAUUGUCAGUGUCAAGCCCAGACAGUCCAGCGAGCUGGUCAGACCUAAACACUGAGGUGCUUUCAAGAUCUCCACUUUCAAAGAAAGGUUUAGGAAUUACACUGGACGAUUGGAAGACAUCUGUAGUAUCAGAUCAGUCACUGUUUUACGACCCUACUACAGAAGAGGACACGAUUGAAGUGCCAGUGGAAGAAAAGGCUUUAAUUGAGCCAGACCAAUCCAUUGACCUCUUGAGUAAGUUUGCUACGAAUGUUGAGAAAAGAAUUCAGGAAGCCAUAGAAGAGAUCAUACCACAGACAGACAGCAAUAAAUCAGAGUCUCUUCCAGAGCAUAAGCUUGAUGGAAGGCUACAAAUAGGUGUGAGUGAGACUGAGGAUAAACAAAAGGGGAAAGUUUUCACAGAUGCUGUUGUAGAAUCCAUUCAGGCACGAGAUUCACAGGGAGGAGUCAGAAAAGGAGCUGCUGUUUUAAAGUCAGUUGGGGAACCUGUGAAGGUCGGGGAAAAGGACCGUAGACCCAGUGAUGAGAGCACAUCAGUGGGUCAUCAUGAUUCUGAAGAUGGAAACCCGACAGGUUUUGUGGCAGCAGAGAUUGGAGAUGACAGAGAAAGCAGAGACAGCAUUGAAGUGUCAAAAAUGGGUGAUUAUAGAAAGAGUGACGUGGCAGCACAGAGAGAUGAUGUUGUACAUAAGAAGGGUAAAAAAAUGGAGAAAGAUAAACCUUUAAAGGUUGAGAUCAAAUCCAGCACUGACGCUGAGCAGUCAGACCGGUUAUUGAGCUCUCCAUCCACAGAGGCAGAAAGCAAAAGCAAGAAGAAGAGGAAGAAUAAAAAGAAUGGAAAGCAUAAAGAAGCAGAGAAAGAAACACAUCCUCCAGAGGUAAAACAUCCAUCUCAAAUUGAUCAAGCUGAUGCACAUAUUGAAGGGCAGCCUGAGGUUAUUGAUGUAGUCACAGAUGAGCUUGCAUCACAAGACAAAUACGAGGAAACAAAGAUUCAAGGUCGGGCAGCUUCCACAAGGCCUCCCAAUGGAGAAAGUGGAGCAAAGAUUGACGGGAAAAUUGAUGCUGAAAAUGAUUUGGUAAAACAGGAACAGGAAGCAAUUCCAGCCACUCUGGAAUUCACAGAAUAUGCUACUGAGCCAGAGGAAGACAACAUAAAAAUGGCAUUAUCGAAGGAUACAGAAAAGGGUGUUAAGAGGGAUGAAGAGAUGAAAAGGGAGGAGCAGAAAGAGAAAGUUGAAAUGAAAGCUUUGGUCUCUCAGCAACCAGAACAACCAGAGAGCCGUCAGGAGGUAAAGAAGAGGAAGGAGCAAGAAUUCCCUCAGAAGUCUGCUCUACCAAACAAUGAGAAAGCAGCCUUGAUACUGAAAGCCAAAGAGAGCAUCCUUAAAAAGGUGUUUGAAAAGGGGGUGAGCGAGAAGCAGGCCGCCGAGGAGCUGCAGGCACUGCGCAAGGAUGUGGGGAAGAAGGAGAGUCAAGACACGACUGUAAAGGCACAAUCUCUGCCAGCCAAUGCUGAUGGAGCAGAGAGAUAUGAUGUCAAAGGUCAUGGUGUCAAGAGACCCGAUGGUUCACCAAAAGAGAGCGAGGAAGAGAUGAGGGUCAAAGAAGACAAAAGGGUCAAAGAAGAUAUGACUGAGAAGAAACUUUCUGUCAAGGAGGACAUGGAGACCAAACUUUUGGAGACUUCUUCAAAUGAGAGAGAAAAAAACAGGUGCGUUGGAAAGGAAGACAUUGAGACCACUCCAUCGGUCCAGCCUAAAGAAACUCAGCAGAGUAAACGAAAAAAGAAGAACAAGAAGACCAAGAGUUUAAAUGUGACAUCCAAAAUCGAGCCUGAUGCUGAGAAGUUACAGACUGAUGAAAAAGUGGAUUCUGAGUCGACAAUAACAAAAAUGAUCGUAAAAUCUACAAUGGCAAAACCAGAUUCAGAUAACUCAGCUUCUGGUGAGGAGCAAAAGAUGGAAAGACAUACCGAUGGUCAGUCAGCCAGUGAUCUCAUCAGACCUUCAGUUUGUGAUAAGGCAAAUGAAGCGGAUACCUCUGUAAUCAAUAUUAAAGGAGCUGAGGCCGGCCGACAAAGUCCACCGUAUUUACGUCAAUCAGAAGAACCCGAUUCUCACAUUGAGGAACAUGUCCAGUUGGCAGAAAUUGGGAAAGAAGAAUCCCAUUCAGAAACCAGCAAUGCUGCAAAAUCAAUUGACUUUUCUCACAAAGCUGUCACGAGCAAACCAGACAUCCAACCCACGGCUCAACCCAUGUCUGCUGGCACACAACCCAAUAAAGCAGCAGGGAAAGGUAAAAAGAAGAAAAGGCACCAACCCCCUCAAGUUGAUAGUACCAAUGUUCCUGAAUCUUUAAAAGACCAACAGCAACAGCUCAAGUCUCAAGAACCAGCACCUUCGCUCUCAGAAGAUACUUCAACUGAGUGUGAAUCACCUGGAGUCUCUCAGUCUGAUACAGCCUCUGAAAGCUGGGGCGAGGGAGAGGAAGAUGUCGGAGCGAGUCGAGAAAUUGUGUCAGACGAAGAGGGGACGCCAUCCAUGACUAGCAAGUCAUCGUUGAUGCGUCAGGAGUGCUUGGAGCGCGACCAGCGGAUUGUAGCCCUGGUCUCCAUAGUAAGACACGUCGAGGUCCGACUCAAACAGCAGCAACAGCAGUCGGUUGGCCGCAGCCUCAUCGCCUUGGAUGACAUCAUCACACAGACUGAGACUCUGGACCUUGAGUUGCGUGAUUUGGAGCCUGCGAUCAACGAGGACGUGGAGGCUGCUGAGGAGCUAUUGAAGCCCCGACCCAAAGGCGUUCCUCCGCAGCUCCUACUGGCUCUGGAAAAGGACGGGCGGAGCUUGGCUCGGGGAUACGAGACUGCCAGAGCGCUCUCUGAGGGCAUUCUGCAAAGUCUGCGAGACCAUAGAGACUCAUAUAAGGAGGCAGUAACAGCUGAGCAGAAGUCACUGGGAGGACGGGUGGAGAGUCUGCUCGCUUGGUUGAGGGAGACGGAGGCUCAGAUGAAUGGAGGAAUGGCGGGAAUGGAAAAAAUGGAGAAGGCAGAGAAAGAUGACAAUCAGCUCACACAGCAGCUGAAUCUCUGCAAGGAGCUGCAGUCCUCCCUGAUGGCUCGCUCCAGCGAAGUCAACGACACGGCCUUUGACAUCCAGGUGUUCAUCUCCGAGCGGGCCCAGGACCUGGCCCCUGAGCAGAGCAGGCAGCUUCUGGGGCAGCUCCAGCAGCUCCAAAAGGCCUUCCACCAAGCAUCCGGGCAAGCCCAGGCCUGGGCCGACGCCCUCUCCGCCCAGAGAGAGAGGGAAGAGGAGCGGCAGCGCAGGGAGAGAGUGAAAGAAGAGGAGAAGGACAGAGAGAGGCAGAGUGCGAGGGAGAGAGAGGUGGUUCAGCAGCAGAAAGCCGAAUGCUCUCAGAAACUAGAAGGUCUCACCACGUGGUUGGCCGGAGCUGCCAGUUUAGUGGCCAGUCAGAAAGGCGGAGCGGAGUCAGGUGACGUGAACGUCUUGCAAGAGAAGCAGAAAAGACUAAAGGAAGCACAGAAGGACCUCCAGACCAAAGAAGAGGGCAUCGCUGAGACCAUCCGCUCUGUGGAGGAGCUCCUAGCAGACCGAGGAGGAAGCCUGAGCCCAGAGGAGAAGGCGAACCUCCAGGGGGCGCUAGCAAAAAUGAAGGAGCAGUACAGUGCCCUUAAAGAUUCAGCAAACACGUCACUGUCAGAGCUGGACACAGCCAUCAGCACAACUGUGCAGCAGAACACACAAAGGGCCAAGGCUGUGGAGGAUCUCCAGGAGACCCAAGGCCAGAUAGACUCUAUGCUGAAUGAGUUGUCCUCUCGUAACCAACCAGGCGGGAGAGGAGUCGGAACUGGAGCGCCCCCAGAUCAUACUGAUGCACCGUUCUCACAGCCAGAGGGCGCUGUGAUGUCACACACAGAGAUGCUGCAGGCGGAGCUUCAGCAGCUCCAGUCUCAACAAGCACAGCUGCUCCAGAUCACCCAGUCGACCCGUUCCCUUCUGGACCAACCGGACUCCACUGUUCCUCCUGAGGAGAAGCAGCGUCUCCGGGCCGCCCUGGAUCAGCUGCAGGCCCAGCACCAGGACAGGCUGCAGAGCUGCCAGGACCGUCUGAGGAAGUCUGAGGCUUUGAAGGAUGAGCUGACGAAGUUCCUCCAAGAACAUGGAAGUCUAGGUGCCUGGCUGGAACAAAACGAACAGGAGCUCCGUUCCCUGGGGGAAGGAGAAACCGACGCACAAGGACUGAAGGGCAGGCUGGAGGAGCACAGAAAGCUUGCUGAGGAUGUCAUUUGCCACAAGGCGGACCUUCGCUUUGUUUCCAUCUCCGGUCAGAAGGUUCUGGACUCCGUUCAAGGAGCUCUGGAGCAAGUCGGUGGUUCAGACCCAGCUCUGGACAGCACCAAGCAGCUGGUAGCUGACAAGCUGCAGGAUGCUAACCACAGAUACACAACCCUACACACCAAGUCAACAGAGUUGGGCGGCCGUUUGUCCGGCCUGUUGGAGAGGUACCAGCAGUACCAGGAUGAGGUCGUCUCCGUCCACUCUUGGCUGAGCGCUCAGGAACAGAACCAAAGCAUAGCCAAGCCCAGUGGGGAGACAGAUCCCCAGAACCUGCAGAACACACUACGACAAGUACAGCUGCUGCAGGACGAGCUGGCUGAGCGUUCGGUGCAGCUGGAGAAGGUGAAGAGAGCAGGAAGAGAUCUGGUCAGUGCAGACGAGUCUCCUUCCCUCAAAGCUGUUGACAUCCUCUGUGCUGCAGAUGGCUUAGAGAAGAGGUUUAGCUCCCUCUCUGCAUCUGUGUCAGAACGGGCCGAGCAGCUGCAGACAGCUGUGGCCCAGUCGGUCAGCGUCCAGGAGGGCCUGAAGGGUCUGCUGGGCUGGCUGGACAAACUGGUCCUGAGUCCUGGACCAGUCGAGCCCACCGCACAGGCUGUACAAGACGCCCUGACACAGAACCAGAAACUUCGCCAGGAGCUGCUCUCCCGGCAGGGCAGCGUGGAAGCAACGCGAGACUCUGUUUCCAAACUCCUUCAGAGCUCUGACGCCUCCACGGCCUCUGGCCUCCAGGGCGCUCUGGAUGAACUGACUCAGCGCUACGCCGCGGCACAGGCCAGCCAGGCCGAGAGGGAGGCCGAGCUCAGAGGGCUGCUGCCCUGGCUGGAGAGCUAUGAACGACAGGGGGCGGACCUCCGGGUCUUCACCCAGAGCCGCCUGAAGGCUCUGAGCCCGGCGGGCCAGCCGGACCGCGGCGUGGAUGACUAUAGGCAAACCAUUGAGGAGGUCAGGUCCGAGCUGGAGCAGGAAGCUGGCCAGCUGAAGUCCUUCUGCAACCUGGGCAUUGAGCUCAGCCAAUCAAAAGCUUUCAACAACACUCAAAGCGUAUUGGAUAAUGUCAAAGGAGUGUCCGAUGAGUUCACCCAACUGGAAGCCAACGUCAAUGAAAGGUUCGCUGCCAUCCAGGCCUGUGAGCAGCAGCUGCUCGGGUUCCGCGGCCUCUCCGGCUCUCUCCUCAGAUGGCUUCAGACGGCGCAGGACCAGCUGCCGUCCAAAGAGGCCAACCUCAACACAGAAGGCCUGCAGAGGAGAGUCCAGCAGCUCAAGGACUUGUUGAAUGACUGGGAGUCCCAGGGAUCGAGGGUUCAGGAGCUGAACAAGACGGGCUCUGAGCUGGAGUCCCUCAUCAUCGACAUCACCGCUCCUCAGACCAAAACUGGUGCUCCUCAAAUCAAUGGCUCAGCAGGUCCCAGCAGUGUCAAUGGCAUUCACACCUGUAAAGACCUGACAGAGCUCCAGGUUGCCGUAUCUGAUGUGAACGGUCGAUACGAGACGCUCGGCGGGGAGUUGAAGGAGCGUCUCGUUCGCCAGAAGGCCUCGCUGGAGCAGAGGCAGAAGGCCAGGCAGGGCACCGAUGAGCUCAAGAGCUGGCUGACGGACAGAGAGCACAGCCUGAAACAGGGACAGACCGCCUCACCCUCCAAACCUGAGGCGGUACGCGCCCAGGCCCAGGAGAACAAGGCCCUGCUGUCAGAGCUGGCUGAGCACUCUGGGAAGGUGGAGGAGCUGAAGAGCACGCUGAGGAAGCUGAUUGCUGACAAUCCUGAUUCUCCUGAGGCAGACGCCUGGAGACAGCAGCUGCAAGAGAUAGACUCCCGCUGGCAGACGGCCAAUCAGACCGCAGCCCAGAGGCAGACCGAGCUGGAGACGUGCGCCGAUAGGCUGGGCAGCUUCGCCUCGGCGGCCAAUCAGCUGGGUCCGUGGCUGAGGGAGAAGGAGCUGAUGAUGAGCGUGCUGGGACCGCUGAGCAUCGACCCCAACAUGCUCAACACACAGAAACAACAAGCACAGUUCAUGCUGCGUGAGUUUGAGACCAGGCGGCCACAGUUUGACCAGCUGACCCAGUCCGCUGAGGGGAUCCUCUCCCAAACUGGUGAUUCUGCUCAGGAUCCCAAGGACCUGGCGGAAGUGCGGUCUGAGCUGGGCUCCAUCUCCCAGCAGUGGGAGGACCUCACAACCCAUUUGACUCAGAGGUCAAACCACAUCGACCAGGCCCAUGGAACCAGCGGGCGGUACCAGGCCCUGCUCAGAGAGCUCUCCUCUAGUGUCUCCGAUCUGGCCGAGAAGUUGGACAGUCAGGCCUCGCUGAGCGCCCAGCCCGAGGCGCUGAAACGCCGCCUGCAGGAAACCGGAGAGAUCCGCUCGGAGCUGGAGAGACGGCGGACGGAGCUGGCCGAGGCCGAGAGGCUCUGCAAGGAGCUGAGCGACAUCGUGGCCGAACCCUACCUGAAGGAAGAGCUGAAGAAACGACUGGAGAGUGUCAGCAGGCCGCUGAAGAGUUUAGAGGAGCGCGCAGCUGACGGUCUGUCUCAGCUCCAGGCCGCCCUGUCGUCCACCCAGCAGUUCCAGCAGAUGUUCGAGGAGCUGCGCUCCUGGCUCGACAAGCAGUCGGAUCCCAGAGAAUCGUACAGCGACUCCCUGCCCUGUCAGCCGGCGGCCAUCCGCUCCCUGAUCGCACAGACGGACGACCUCCAGCGCGGGAUCGCCAGCCAGCGAGGUUCCUACGAGCUGCUUCAAGCCGAGGGAGCGUCGCUGCUUGCCACUCUCCCCGCCGGCGGAGACGAACGGUCCGCCCUGCAGUCUCGCCUGGCCUCCCUGAAGCAGGACUGGGAGGGGCUGAACCAGAGGAUCUCGGACCAGGAGAGCAGACUGAAGACCACUCUGAGCAAAGCAGAAACCUACCAGCAGCACAGGGCCGAGCUGACGCCGUGGUUAGCGGAGUGUGAGGAGAAAGAUGGAGAGAUCCAACCGUCGCUGGACUCAUCGGCCUUGGACGAAACCUUGCAGAAGGCUCGAGGUCUAUCAAUGGACCUGGAGAGACGACAACCUCUCCUUGAAGCCUUCAAUACUGCAGCAGAUCAGCUGCUGGAACAAUGCUGCAUCGGGGAGGAAGAGGUACGGGAUGAGAAGGCCCAGCUGAACCGCAGGGUGGACGGACUGAGCGAGAGGCUCCAGAACCGCACCUCCCAGCUGGAGGAGCUCGCUGGCCGCCUGAAGGAGUUUGAAGAGGGCAGACAGGCUGCAGAGAGGAGGCUGGAGGCUGCCAAGCACCAGAUUGAAGUCCAGGAGGCUCUGGGACCACAGGCAUGCAGUGCUAAGAGCCUGGAGCGGCUGAGAAGUCAGCAGGAGAGUCUAAGGUCCCUGAAGCCUCAGGUGGUCUACCUCAGAGACCUGGCCCAGGGGCUGGUACAGGACGCACCCCAGACACCGGGAGGCAGCGCUGAGGGAGCACGGAGGCUCCAGGAGCAGGCCAAGGACACGGAGAAAGAGUAUGAUGGCGUAACUGAUAAGAUCGAGCAUUGCUGCUCCUCCCUGGAGUCCCGGCUGCAGGGCGUGGGCGAGGUCCAGUCUCACGUGCGGGAUGUGUUCUCGCGCAUCGCCGACCUGGACGACGAACUGGACUCCCUCAGCCCCGUUGGACGCGACGCAGACUCCCUGGCCUCUCAGGCGGACGCCCUGAAGGGCUUCUUGUCCCGUCUGGCCGACCUCAGGACGGAGCUGGAGGGUCACACGUCGGAGUGUACCACCAUGCUGCGGCGAGAAGGAUCCUCCCCCGACCUGCUGGCUCUCAGGAGGGAGUCGGAGGCUCUGAGCCGCCAGGCGGGCAAGCUGAGCGAGCGUGGCCAGGCCAGGUUGGACCAGAUCGAGGACGCUGCCGAGAGGGUUCGGGAGUUCUACAGACGGGCUGGCGAGCUGCAAGGCCUGCUGGGAAGGGCUGAAGACGGGCUGAACGCGCAGGGCAUGGUCGGCACAGAGGUGGAGAUGAUCAGACAGCAGCUGCAGGAGUUUAAGGACGUGGAGAGAGAGGAAGAAGCAAAGACUGUCUGGGUAGAUUUUGAAGGAACUCUUCCUCUAGAUGCAGUUAACUCUGUAGAGCCUGAUAGCGUUGCUCCAGGCUCAGAGAAUAUUACAGACUCUAAUUUAUAUCACUCUGAGCACCUAGAACAGAUGACACACUUUGACUUGGUGCGAGCACAAGACUGUGAAAGGGAGCAUGGUUUCAUCGAUGAAGAGUGCGAUGUUGACUAUAACGAGGAUAAAGCUGAAGAAGAAGAGAUGAGUUACCAGACGGACUCUGCUCUCGGUCAACAACUGGAGUCCGACUCCAGUGGGGUCCACAUGUCCCAACCAGACAGAACUGGUAUUAGCGUCAUCAUUCAGACAGACUGUGAACAGGGGAGACCUGCACGGACCGAAACAGACCCGGAUAGCGGGGCGUCAUCAGAGCGUGAUGAUGGCGAGGAUUGUGAGGAGAGAGCCUCCUCUCCGUCUUGUAGCCCUCUGAACCCUUACUGUGAGGAGGUGGAGAAAGUGGAGGAGGAGAUGGAGCAGGACGAGGGAGAAUUGAAAGAGGAAGAGGAGUUGGGAACAGAGUGGGAUGUGUAUGACCAAUCUGAGCCAAGUUUGGACAGUAGCGAGGGAGUUCUCAUGGAUCACUCCCCUGAGCCUCUGCACACGGUUGAAAAAGAAAUCGACAAUGAAUGUACACGGGAUGUUGACGUUCAAACUUCCUGUCAAGAAGAUCCAGUCUCCUCGGAGAUUAGCAGCCCCGUCGUGGCAAUAACUUGUGACACAGAAGGGACAUGCUUUGCGUCAGAGACUUUUGUUGUCCCUACAGAUGUAGUCUCAGGACUUGACAUGCCUGGACCAGAAGACCUGGAAACUACAAGAGCUAGCACCCCAAAAUCAGACUCUGUUCUUCUCGUACACCCUCAGCAUACGGACUCAGCUCCCCCAGCUCCGUCACCCUCUAAAUCGGAUUCUGGUGGUGCUGGGUUGGAUACUAAAGAGUCUGAGGCCUUCGUGAUAUCAGAUAGUUUUGUUUACCUGGCUGUAUCUGCACCCCCUCAGUACCCCAAUGACUGCCCCCCAUCUCCACUUGAGGACUCCAUUCCCCCGAGUCCUGUCCCCAAACCUACCUGCUGCCCAGACCCAGAGGAGGAGGGAGCCUUCCUGUCCCCUGACAGCUUUGUUUACAUGGCGGCUCCUGAACGUCCCCAACCGGGCCCCUCGGACGGCUGCUCAGCCUGCGAGGAUACUCAGGAGCUGGACUUGGACUCGUACUCUGAAGGGACCCAGUCUGGGAUGGACGGGGUGGAGUUUGUCCUCGGAUCUAUGACGGGGGACAGUGAUUGGGAGUCAGAUGGCUCUGCUCUGGACUUUCCUCCACUCAUGUCCACGGACCAGGCCUGGGAUCAGCUUGAGCCAGGCCUACUACAGAGCCUAUUUACACAGACGGAGACAAGCCAGGUACCGGCCUGUAGACCCCAGGAAGACGGGCCCCAGGCAGGGGACACAGCUUGUCACGCAGACCACGUCUUAGAGUCGGGAAGGAGCUCUAAAGCAGAGAAUGAAUUGACGACUAUAUUAAGUUGGGACGCUGACAUAGAGGCAGAGGCCGUGGAGAGAGAGCAGGUGGACGGCAUUCAACCGAAGCUUCAGCACAUCAACGCAGUGGGUCAGGGUCUGAUCCAGAGCGCCGCCAAACACACCGACACCCAGGCGCUGGAGCACGACCUGGAGAGCACCAACCUCCGAUGGAACUCACUCAACAAGCGGGUGGCAGAGCGCAUCGCCCAGUUGCAGGAGGCCCUGUUGCAUUGUGGGAAAUUCCAGGAUGCUCUGGAGCCUCUGCUAAGCUGGCUGAGCGACACAGAGGAGCUGGUGGCCAAUCAGAAGCCCCCGUCGGCCGAGUACCGAGUGGUCAAGGCCCAGAUUCAAGAACAGAAGCUGCUUCAAAGAUUGUUAGAUGACCGCCUGCCGACGGUGCAGAUGAUCCGCGCUGAGGGAGAGAGGAUCGCAGCCACGGCGGACACUCAGGACAGGGAGAAGAUUCAGACCCAGCUCCAGGAACUGGCAGAGAGAUGGAAUGACCUGCUGGACAAGGCCGGCGGCAGACAGAGGCAGUUGGAGGAGCUGCAGGUUUUGGCUCUUCAGUUCCACGAAGCCCUGGAGCCGCUGGGAGAAUGGCUGAGCGCCACCGAGAGACGCACGAGCUCCGCCGAGCCCAUGGGAACCCAAACGGCCAAGAUCAGCCAGCAGAUCAUUAAACACAAGGCAGUCCAAGAGGACGUGACCUCACACGAAGCUGAGGUCGGCCACCUCGAGUCCCUCAGCCAAUCGCUGACCCCGCUCAGCUGCGCGGCCGACCGCAACUGGCUGAGCGAGCGCGUCGGGGCGGUGAGGUCGGGUCACUCGGAGCUCACCGAUUGGUGCUCCAGGCGGGCGGGCAUGCUGGAGCAGGCGCUGGCUAACGCUCAGCUGUUUGGGGAGGAUGAGGUGGAGGUGCUGAACUGGCUGGCGGAGGUGGCUCAGAGGCUGGGGCAGGUCUCCGUCCAGAGCUACCAGCAUCAGCUGCUGGCCGAGCAGCACAAACACACCCUGUCUCUAAAUGAAGAGAUAGUAAGCAGGAAGAAGACAGUGGACCAGGCCAUCAAGAAUGGACAAGCCUUACUCAAACAGACCACAGGUGAGGAAGUUCUCCUGAUCCAGGAGAAGCUGGACGGCAUCAAGUCUCGCUACGCUGAGAUGACGGCCAGCAGCAGCAAGGCCCUCCGCACCCUGGAGCAGGCCCUGCAGCUGGCCACACGAUUCGCCAGCGCCCACGACGACAUUAACCAGUGGCUGGACGGCGUGGAGGCGGAGCUCAACAACGUGGAGCCCGACGCCACGCCCGCCUACCAGGAAAGACAGAAGGAGCUGAAGAAAGUGUCGGCAGAGAAGCGGCUGGUGCUGGACACGGUGAACGAGGUGGGCAACGCCCUGCUGGAUCUGGUGCCGUGGCGGGCCCGCGAGGGCCUGGACCGUCUGGUCGCCGACGCCAACCAGCGCUACCGCCAGUCUGAUGAAACCAUCACUCAGCGGGUGCAGCUGGUACAAGCUGCCAUCCAGAGGUCACAACAGUACGAGGAGGCGGUGGAUGCAGAGCAGGCCUGGGUCAGGGAGACGGAGCGUAAAUUGGCGUCUCUGGGGCCCCUGAGCCUGGAGCCUGACGUGACGGUGGCCCAGAUGCAAGUGCAGAGAGCCUUCAACAUCGACAUCAUCCGACACAAAGACACCGUGGAUCAGCUGCUCAGCACCAGAGACGACAUCCUGGAAACCUGCAGCGACACCCAGAAAGACGCACUGAUAGUGAAGACGGAUUCUCUCAGCGAUCGUUACGAUGCGGUGAGCCAGAGCCACAGUGAGCGCUUCUCAGCCCUGGAGCAGGCCCAGGUUUUAGUCGCUCGGUUCUGGGAGACCUACGAGGAACUGGAGCCAUGGCUGGGCGAGACCGAACCCCUUAUCACCCAGCUGCCGCCGCCAGCCAUCGACACGGACGCUCUCCGGCUGCAACAGGACCAGAUGAGGCUGAUCAGGGAGUCGAUCGCAGAGCACAAGCCCCACAUCGACAAGCUGCUGAAGAUCGGACCCCGGCUGGCCGAGCUCAGCCUCCAGGAGGGGGCCACGGUGACGCGGCUCUGCACCGAGGCCGAGAGACGUUACCUGGCCAUCAAAGAGGGGGUCAAAGGUCGUGCAACGACCCUAGACGAGGCAGUGUCCCAGUCUGCACAGCUGGUAGAGUUUCACGACAAGAUGGACCCCCUGUUGGAGACCCUGGAGGGGGCGGUCCAGCGGCUGCGGCAGCCUCCCCCGGUGGCGGCGGAGACGGAGAAGAUAAGGGAGCAGCUGGCGGAGCACCGAGCCCAGGGGCUGGAGCUGGACAAACUGCUGCCGAGCUUCUCUGCCCUCUGCGCCCGCGGAGAGGAGCUCAUCGGGCGAGCUGCUCACGACGAUCCCGCCGCUCAAGCCGUUCGGACCCGCCUCCUGCGCCUGCGCUCCCUGUGGGAUGAGAUCCGGCAGCGAGCCGAGGAGAGGGAGGGGAAGCUCAACGACGUCUUGGACCUGGCCGGGAAGUUCUGGGCUGACGUGGCGGCGCUACUGAGCACGCUCCGAGACUCCCAAGAUAUCGUGAAGGAGCUGGAGGACCCCGGCGUGGACCCCUCGCUCAUCAAACAACAGAUUGAGGCUGCUGAGGCCAUUAAGGCUGAGACGGACGGUCUGAGGGAGGAACUGGAGUUUGUCAGGACCCUCGGAGCUGACCUCAUCUUUGCCUGUGGGGAAACUGAGAAACCUGAAGUGAAGAAGACCAUUGAUGAGAUGAACGCUGCCUGGGAGGGCCUGAACCGGACGUGGAGAGAGAGGAUGGAGAGACUGGACGAGGCUAUGACGGCAUCUGUGCAGUAUCAGGACGCGCUGCAGUCUAUGUUCGACUACCUGGACAACGCGGUGAUCAAGCUGUGUGACAUGUCGACUGUGGGAACUGAUCUGGGAACUGUCAAACAGCAGAUUGAAGAGCUCAAGCAGUACAAGGUGGAGGUCUACCAGCAGCAGAUCGACAUGGAGAAGCUGUGCCACCAGGGGGAGUUGCUGUUGAAGAAGGUGUCGGACCAGACGGACCGGGACAUGAUCCAGGAGCCGCUGACCGAGCUCCGACACCUCUGGGAAAACCUGGGGGAUAAAAUCACCCACAGACAGCACAAGCUUGAGGCUGCCCUGCUGGCCCUGGGUCAGUUCCAGCAUGCCCUGUCUGAGCUGCAGGCCUGGCUGAACCACACACACACCACCCUGGACACACAACGACCAAUCAGCUCCGACCCCAAGGCCAUCGAGAUCGAGCUGGCUAAACACCACGUUUUGCGUAAUGACGUUCUGUCCCAUCACGCCACUGUGGAGAAUGUGGCCGGCGCCGGCGCCGAGCUGCUGGAGUCGUCUCCCGGCGACGAGGCCAGCCACCUAAGGGACCAGCUGGAUCAGCUCAACCAGAGCUGGGAGAGCAUGCUGCUCAAGACCCAGGAGCGGCAGAAGCUCCUGGAGGCCGCCCUGCACCAGGCUGAAGGUUUCCAUGGCGAGUUGGAGGAGUUCCUCCAGUGGCUGAGGAGGACCGAGAGCCAGCUGUCUGCUGCCAAGCCGACAGGCGGUCUCCCUGAAACAGCCAGGGAGCAGCUACAGCAACACCUGGAGCUUCAGACCCAGCUGACUCAGCGAGCAGACCAGUACCACCGCCUGCUGGAUCAAGGGGAGUCCAUGCUGCUGGCUCGUGGAGGGGAGGAAGCAGGACCCGGCACCACCCAGACCCAGCAGAACCUGGCCAUGCUGCAGAACAAGUGGGCCAGCUUCAACACCAAGAUGGACGACCGCCGGGCAAAGCUGGAGGAGGCCGUUUCCUUGGCAACAGGUUUCCAGUCCUCUCUGCAGGACACCAUCAACUGGCUGACCCAGGCCGAGCAGACCCUGAACAUGGCCCAGCCUCCCAGCCUCUUACUGGACACUGUCCUCUUCCAGAUUGAUGAGCACAAGGUGUUUGUGAACGAGGUGAACACUCACAGAGAGCAGGUCCUUGCUCUGGAGAAGGCCGGCUCGCAGCUUCGCUUUGCCAGCAUGAAGCAGGACGUUGUUCUCAUCAAAAACCUGCUGCUCAGCGUCCAGGCCCGCUGGGACAAGCUGGUCCAGAGGUCACUGGACCGCGGCCGACACCUUGAUGAGGCCCGCAAACGCGCCAAGCAGUUCCACGAGGCCUGGAGGAAGCUGACAGACUGGCUAGAAGAAGCUGACAAAAGACUGGACUCAGAGCUGGAGAUCUCCAACGAGCCGGACAAGAUCAAAGUACAACUGGCCAAACACAAGGAGUUUCAGAAAGCGUUGGGGUCCAAGCAGCCGGUUUACGACACCACGGUGAGGUCUGGCAGGGCCAUGAGGGACAAGGCUCAGCUGCCUUCAGACACCCAGAAACUGGACCACCUGGUGGGAGAGGUCCGCGACAAGUGGGACACCGUCUGUGGCAAGAGCGUAGAGAGACAACACAAACUGGAGGAGGCUCUGCUGUUCUCAGGCCAGUUUGCAGAGGCUCUCCAGGCCCUGGUCGACUGGUUGUACCGGGUCGAGCCCCAGCUGGCCGAAGACCAGCCCGUCCAUGGAGAUCUGGAUCUGGUGUCCAACCUCAUGGACUCACAUAAGGCUUUCCAGAAAGAGCUGGGAAAGAGGACCAGCAGCGUUCAGGCUCUGAAGCGCUCGGCUCGGGAGCUGAUGGACACCGGCCGUGAUGACACAGCGUGGGUCAAAGUUCAGCUCCAGGAGCUCAGCAACCGCUGGGAAGCGGUGUGCGCUCUGUCGGUCACGAAGCAGACCCGCCUCCAGGUGGCCCUCAAACAGGCGGAGGAGUUUCGUACGGCGAUCCAGGUCCUUCUGGAGUGGCUCUCUGAGGCGGAGCAGACACUUCGUUUCCGCGGCGUUCUUCCCGAAGAGGCAGAGACGCUGCAGGCGCUGCUGCACACACAUCGCGACUUCAUGGGCACCGUGGAGGAGAAGAGGACGGACGUCAACAAGGCCGCCGGCAUGGGAGAGGGCAUCCUGACUGUCUGUCACCCUGACUCCAUCACCACCAUCAAACACUGGAUCACCAUCAUCAGGGCGCGCUUUGAGGAGGUGCUGACAUGGGCCAAACAGCACGAGCAGCGACUGGAGACAGCUCUGACCGAGGUGCUCAACAACGCCAACCUGCUGGAGGAGCUGUUGUCAUGGCUACAGUGGGCUGAGACGACAUUGGUCCAGAGAGACACAGAACCGCUUCCUCAGGACAUCCCACAGCUCAAAACACUCAUCACAGAACACCAGAUGUUUAUGGAGGAGAUGACGAGGAAGCAGCCAGACGUCGACAAAGUGACGAAGACCUACAAAAGGAAACCGUCCGAGCCUCCCAGCAGUCUCGCUGAGAGGAGAGGCGCUCGCAAACACCAGCAGCAGCAGCAGCAGCAGCAGCAGCAGCAGCAGCAGGCAGCCAUGCAGCUCUCCGGAGGAAACCCCAGACUCAACCAGCUCUGUGCCAGGUGGCAGCAGGUCUGGUUGGUGGCUCUGGACCGCCAGCGCAAACUCAACGACGGUUUGGACAGACUGGAGGAGCUCAAAGAGUUUGCCAACUUUGACUUUGACGUGUGGAGGAAGAAGUACAUGCGCUGGAUGAACCAUAAAAAGUCUCGGGUCAUGGACUUCUUCAGACGCAUCGACAAGGACCAAGAUGGAAAGAUCACACGGCAGGAGUUUAUCGACGGCAUCCUGGCAUCAAAGUUCCCCACCAGUAAGCUGGAGAUGACAGCAGUGGCAGACAUCUUUGACAGAGACGGGGACGGUUACAUCGACUACUAUGAGUUUGUUGCUGCUCUGCACCCCAACAAGGACGCCUACAGACCCACCACUGAUGCUGAUAAGAUAGAAGACGAGGUGACUCGGCAGGUGGCCCAGUGUAAAUGUGCCAAGAGGUUCCAAGUGGAGCAGAUAGGAGAGAACAAAUACCGGUUCUUCCUCGGAAACCAGUUCGGUGACUCUCAGCAGCUGCGUCUGGUGAGGAUCCUGCGCAGCACGGUGAUGGUGAGAGUCGGAGGUGGUUGGAUGGCUCUGGAUGAGUUCCUGGUCAAAAAUGAUCCAUGCAGAGUGCAACACCCAGGACUUAAGAUUCUCCGCUCCGAUUCCAGUAGCUCCAUCUCAUCUCGUAUAGUGACUGUCACUCCUGGCUAUUUCUGCUGCCGAGCUCGCGGUCGCACCAACCUGGAGCUGAGAGAGAAGUUCAUCCUUCCUGAAGGAGCGUCUCAGGGUCUGGCCGCCUUCCGCUCCCGAGGUCGACGCUCCAAACCGGGCUCCCGCAACGCCUCGCCCACCCGCUCCUCCUCCUCGGCCUCCCAUAGCGGCGCCUCCCUCCCCUCUGCUCCCUCCACCCCCGCCACACCGACAGCCUCCGCAUCAUCCAGGUCCUCUCAUACUCACUCGCGUGACUAUGCCAAGCCCUGGCUGACACACAGUAAAACUCCAACGCCAACCAAGUGCCACUGCUGCCCAGAUCACCUCGGUCACAGCCACACCACUCCUGGGCAUGAGGGGGCGACGUCCGGGUCCAAACUAAAGAGGCCGACGUUCCACUCGAGCCGAGGCUCGCUAACCGGAGAGAACGGAGGAACGACGCACUCCAGCAAACCAUCGCGAACUGAUCCGAAGCGAGGGGCGUCCACAGCCAGCGGGCCGACUAGCCGAGCCGGCAGCCGGGCGGGCAGCAGAGCCAGCAGCCGCCGCGGCAGCGACGCCUCAGACGGGUCAGAGCUACAGGACAAUCGCUCCGUCUGCUCGGACGCCUCGGACACCCCACGACGACCCGGUAGCGGGGCCAAACCCUCCAAGAUUCCCACCAUCUCCAAAAAGACCCCCAGCCCAAAGACCCUGGGGUCUACGAAGAAAUAAGUCCAGCCACAGAGAAACUGGAGCUGAACCAUUACUCCUCCGGUUCACAGAGGGUGGACUGCUAACAUCGGAGUGCACCAACUCUUCAGUCUGAAGUCCAUCCGUAGGGCUUGUGUAGAGUUUGUGCACUAUGACUGACAUUUUCCAGGGGAAAGAAGGAGAUAAGAUGAGUGAAUCUCCUUCUCACUCUUCCCCCCCGGUCCCAUAAACAAACUGAAGACGUGCACAACAGGAGUAGAGUUCUGGUCUGGCAGUACCAGGCCAGAAUCUGUGGGGUCGAUGCCGACUUUUCCCCUUUAAGAAGCGACCCCAUUUUGCCUUCCAGUCUCCUGCUUUGUCUUUCAAAAGUUCCCCACCAGCGUGGAACCAAACACCAACUGACGUGACGUGAUGCUGCCUUACUUCUACUCUUCUGUCCCGAUCAGACAGAGCUACUGCUUUAUACCACACCGACACACACAUCUGAACACAGAGGCGGGGUAGGGAGUGGAACACACCACCACCACCACCACCACCACCACGGCUACGAAAACAAAAAAAAAAGCCCAAAUGACAUUCAGGGAAAAAAAAGAAGAAGAAAAAGAAAGAAUUGUGGGUCAUUAUUUUGGCUUGUGGGUCCAGAUGCCUCAAUGAUGAGUUUAAAAAGAAAAUAUGCAACGACUGCCAUGUCGCUUGGUUGGCGAGAAAAACGGUCACCUCAGCAGAUCUGCAAGAAGCAGACACCACGUGUGUGUGAGGAGGCGGGAAACGCUGUCCGACACGCACACACACAUACACAUGCACCGGCUAACCUCCGACUCGGAGGGUCGGUGGUGGUGACGGUGGUGGUGGUGGUGGUGCUGCUGCAGCUGAGGGCAAACACUCACACACUCAAACACCGCAGAGCAGACUCCUCCCGACCGCUGGAACGUUAAGAUCAGCCUUGUGUGUGCAUUUCAGCAAAGGGCGGUGUGGUUUUGUCACAUGCCGGCGUAACAAUCCAACACACAAAAAUCACAAACCGGCAAUAGAAAGGACUAUUUUUAUGGUGACACACUCAACUAACAGCACAUACUGACAAUAUACAACAUGUGUAACCUAACCCGAUGUUCGACAACCAGCAUGCACUAAUUGUCUCUUCCUCUGCAGUUCCACCUUAAUGUCGAAGCUGCGUUGCCCUUAGCAACCCAGCAGCACACACACACACUCUCACACACACACACAGAUGGUGGUGUGUAUGACGUGUGUCAUUGUUACAGGAAACAAUAGAGGUCAUUGACUUGAGUCACUGUAUGCAAAAAUUUUAAUUUGCGAAUGUCAUUUUUUGUUUUUCUUCUCGUUGCUUUCUGGUUAAUUUAUAAUCCAGUUGUACUUUUGUUAUUUAGCUUGAAAGAAAAAUCUAUUUAUUUUUCAGUUUCAUGUCAUAUCACCUUUCGCGGAGAGUGAUUUAAUAUUAUGGUUAAAGAAAUUGUGUUUUUUUGUACCAAGGAAAGAUGUCCGCUCCGCUCUUUGACAUUAUUUGUGUGUUUCUACUUCAUUGUAACAUUACAUUACUCACUAGGUCGCUGAUUCUGGUGGCAGCCUUGUUUGUUUGUUUGUUUUUUUUUGCUAAUGACUACAAUUCCCAGACCAUGACCAAAGGGGUUUGCCCUUCAUGUGUAGAGAGAACUACAAAUAUGAAUGACAGGAGACCUGGGCGGAGCGGACCAAUGAGAGCAGGUUUCCUCCCUCAUGUCCCUCCCCAGCGUCUCCUCCUCUAGGCUUUUUUUCAAAUGCCCGUCAUUGACGGGGCCGAGUUGUCUCUGUGUUAUCUCAGUGUAAGAGAUGAAGUUUAUGAAAAACGAAUGAAAUUACAGUAAGAAAGAAGACAUCUUAAGGUGAUUUUUAUUUAUUUAUUGUCUCUCUGAGGGAGGGGGGAUUCGUGGCGCAGGAGACGAGUCCUCCACCUUUUGAUGCUGUGUUACUCUCAGUGUGAUGAUGAGAACAAGGAGGGGGGGUGUUACUAGGAGUCAGUGGUGUAAAAGUAAAACAAAAAACUAAAAUUAUAAACAAUUUUUUGUUCUGUUUUUGUAUUAAAAAUAUGCUUGCAGUAAAA